UCAUGGCGUCCUCCUUCACCCUCGGCUCCACGGUGCUCCGCAGGGCGCUGCACGGAGCUCUGAGCCUGCAGUGCCGGGCACAAGGAGCUCAUGCCGGGCUCAGGUUCCUCUGUAGUGCUGCUCCAGAAGAAAAGAAGACAGGAAUAAUAGAGUCUACGGAGGAAUACGUCUUCGUGGAGCGGCUCAUCCCGCUGUCACGGGUCCCUGCUCCACCUAAACAUGCCGGUCCCACUCCGUCUGGAUGGAUCCCUGCAGCGGACUCACCGCCGCCUCUGCCCUACAUGAUCCGCCGCUCCCGAAUGCACAACAUCCCGGUGUACACCGACCUGACCAGCAGCAACCGCAGAACCACGCUCGUACGGAAAGUGGAGGGGGACAUUUGGGCUCUGGAGAAGGACGUGAAGCAGUAUCUGAAGGAGGUGACGGGGACAGAGCUGCCCACCCAGGUCAAUGAGGUCACCAACACCCUGACGGUCAAAGGUCACUUCGAUAAGGAGCUGAAGGAAUGGUUGGCCGGUAAAGGCUUCUGAGCCCGGGGUGUAGAGGCUGCUGCAGGACCGCCACAGACCGAGCUCAGGUGGAGACAUGGAGAGGACACUGAGUACCUGCUGCCUACACUGAUACUCACUGUAGUGUAGUACCAUGAGGAAGAGGUUUGAUCCCUGCCACUUCAGUGAACUUUUCCCCACCAGAGAUAUGUUGAAUCAUAUUGUGUUUAAUGGUGUAUAUACUUGAGUGUAAUGAAUGUAACAUUAAAUGUCAAAGCGAUGCCCACUGCCUGCUGUUGUUAUUCCACUGAAUCCAGACAUGACACUGGCUUCCUAUGGAAUCUACACCUGUUAGAGAUUCUCCUACAGUUUGCCUUUUUUCUUUAUUGAAUUAAAUGCGUGGGGUAAACAUUUGUAUCAAUCCACGUGAUAUUUAAUUUAAUAUUGUUAAUGAAAAAAACAGCAGGGAGGCCGAUAACCAGAAUCCCAAAUUUGUACAUUUAUUCAGUCAAAAUAUUCACAUUUAGAUUUUGUGCAAAUAUAAAUUAGGGUGAAAAGGAGGAAUGUGAAACUCAGUUAUUCUCAUCCAAACCUGCCUAUUUGGAAUGGGCUGUUUGCUUGUCAUGUUGAAAUACUGAUUGAAGCUUUUUUUAAACUAAAUUAUUUGAGCCUGUAAAGCACUUAGUGACUUGUAAGUGAAUAGUGCCCUACAAAUAAAAAAUUCUUACUAAAAUGAAA